UUAAGGGCAGUUGAACAGAAGUAGUUGAAAUGUAGUUGGCUUUACCCUUGGCUGCAAGACACAGAUUUCAUUUCAGACUAGUAAUAUUAGUCCUUUCAAUAUCUAUCGAAUAAUCCCUUUCCCCUCUCUCCAUCUCCAACCUCUGCUCACCUUCCUCAACUUUUCUUCACCCUUUACUUUAUUUAUAUGUAUAUAUAUAAUCUCCAACAUCCCCAGUUCCUCUCUUAUCAUUCUCUUUGGAGCCCCACAAAUGGAAGGUCAAGAUGCCCCACCUCUACCAUUACCACAACUGCCACCCUCUCUCUUCUCACCUUCACUUCUUCCUUCCUCAUCAUUGCAACCUCCCUUUAUUGAGCCUCAAGUCCUUCAGGAUAUUGAUUGGGUUAGCCUUCUCUCGGGUCAAUCCGGGGUAGGAGAUCAGAAUAGGCCACCAACGAUGGAAAGCGCUUCUGUGAUAGCUGAGGAAGAAAAGAAGGAAAACAAAGAUAGAAUGAGAAAGAGUGGCCGAAUCAUGAAGAAACAUAGUCGGCCUAGGUUUGCUUUUCAAACUAGGAGUGCCGAUGAUAUUCUCGAUGACGGCUACCGCUGGAGGAAAUAUGGCCAGAAAGCUGUGAAAAACAGCUCAUAUCCCAGGAGUUACUAUCGCUGCACCCAUCCCACCUGCAAUGUGAAGAAGCAAGUCCAAAGACUCUCCAAGGACACGAGCAUAGUAGUCACGACUUACGAGGGAAUUCAUAACCAUCCUUGCGAGAAGCUCAUGGAAACUCUAACUCCUCUUCUUAAGCAGAUGCAGUUCUUCGCUAGGUUCUAAGUUCACUCUCAGCUGUAAUUAAUUGGUGUUCAAGAACAAAUCAAAAGCAGAAGUUUAAUGAUUCUGUUCUUGGCAUUCUGCAAUUUAUAUAUACUUCCUGUACUUGUUAUUAUAUGCAUACAUGCAGUAACCUCGUGUCAA